AGGCGGGCGGAGCCGCGCUCGGCGGGGCUGUGGCAGUGCCGGUGGCAGUGGUCGGGACUGGGCGAGUUGGAGCGAGCGGUGGCGGCGGUACAGCUGCGGCGGCAGCAUGGCUUCGUCGCAGGGGAAGAACGAGCUGCUCUUCGCCGACUGGAUGGCAGCGCUGCCCGCCAGCCUCCACAGCACCCCGCUCACCAACCUGGCCAUCCCCGGGUCUCAUGACUCUUUUAGCUUCUACAUUGAUGAAGCCUCUCCAGUCGGGCCUGAACAGCCAGAGACGGUCCAGAAUUUUGUGUCAGUUUUUGGGACUGUGGCUAAAAAGCUGAUGAGGAAGUGGUUGGCUACACAGACCAUGAACUUCACCAGCCAGCUGGGGGCAGGUAUACGGUAUUUUGAUCUCAGAAUUUCCACCAAGCCCAGAGACCCAGACAAUGAACUCUACUUUGCUCAUGGCUUAUUCAGUGCCAAAGUCAAGGAAGGUCUGGAGGAGAUCAAUGCAUUUCUCACUGAGCACCCGAAAGAAGUAGUCUUCUUGGACUUCAAUCAUUUCUAUGGGAUGCAGAAGUGCCAUCAUGAAAAGCUUGUCCAGAUGCUCAAGGACACCUAUGGCAACAAAAUGUGUCCUGCUAUAUUUGCCCACGAAGUCAGCCUCCAGUACCUGUGGGAAAAGGAGCACCAAGUGCUAGUGUUCUACCACAGCCCCGUGGCUGUCGAGGUCGCCUUCCUGUGGCCAGGCCAGAUGAUGCCAGCUCCCUGGGCAAACACGACGGAUACGGAAAAGUUGAUUCAGUUCCUGCAGGCAUCAAUCACUGAAAGAAGAAAGAAAGGCUCCUUUUUCAUAUCUCAAGUAGUGCUGACGCCAAAGGCUAGUACGGUGGUGAAAGGGGUUGCGAGUGGUCUCAGAGAAACGAUCACAGAGAGGGCUCUUCCUGCAAUGAUGGAGUGGGUCCGAACUCAGAAAGCAGGAGAGAGUGGUGUGAAUAUUAUCACUGCAGAUUUUGUAGAACUUGGUGACUUUAUCAGCACAGUCAUAAAGCUCAACUACUCUCUGGAUGAAGGUGAAGAUGACACUACUUGAUAGUACUGUGAUAUGUGUGUUGUUGUGUUAUUCAGAAUUUGAAAAAAAAGAAAGAUUGUAUUCUAAAAGGAUUAUAUUGUAAAACACUCAUCUUGUAACACACUGAGGUGUUUAGGGCUUUAGUGGGUGGGCAUAAGGGAAAUGUUUUCAUCAUUUAUUAUCAUUUUUCAUAUUUGUGUUUAAUGUGAAGAGCAAAACUCAACAUGUUUACAGUGUUUGAUAAAAGAAGGCCAUGUACAGGUUCUCCAUGAGGUACCAAAUGUGAUUCAUGUGUCUUCUGUGGUUAUGAACAGUGCCAAGAAAUUUGUUGUUUUCAGAGCAAGGGGAUGUAUAUAUUGUCCUCCUCCUGCUCACAGCAGGAUUCUCAAUGGUGUGAGCAUUGCACCAGAUGACUGAGGACAGUAUAUCUGGCAUGAAAAUUUUAAGCUGCUACAUUUCAUCUGUUAGGUGGUUUAACUAAUCAUAUUUGUCAAUGAGCUGCAGGUUUAAAUGCCUUUGUAACGUAAAUCCAAAGUCGUGCUUCUAACACAUGCAUAACCAGUGGACAGUAAACAUGAUGUGCUAUGUACCAUAAUCAGCAGACAGUAAACAUGAUGUACUGUGUAGCUUGCACAAAGCACAGAUGAAAUCCUGCUUGCUUUUCAUUCUCAAAAUGGGGGUUUCCAAUGUCUCUGCCUCAGGUCAAGCCAGCAGAUAUGUGAUACUGGCCUCACUCUGUAAUCACAGAGUUGCCUGGGUUGGAUCCUUAAAGAUCAUCUAGUUCCAGCACCCUGGCCAUCGGCAGGACACUUUUCCCUAGACCAAGUUGCUCAGAGCUCCAUCCAGCCUGGUGUUACACACUUCCAGGCAUGUGGCAUCCACAACUUCUCUUGGCAACAUGUUCUAGUGCCUCAGUCACUCUCACAGCAAAGAAUUUUUUCCUAAUAUCUAAUCUAAACCUAUUCUCAGUCUGAAGCCAUUCCCCCCCUGCCUGUCACUACAUGCCCUUGUAAAAUGUUUCUCUCCACCUUUCCUGUAGACUCCCAUCAGGUACGGCACGGCCAAAAUUAGGUCAGCCCGAAGCCUUCUCUUCUCCAGACUGAACAAUUCCAAUUCUCAGCCUUUCCUCAGAGGAGAGGUGCUCCAUCCCUCUAAUCAACUUCAUGGCCUCUUCUGGGGUCAGUUCCAGCAGGUCCCUGUCCCUUCUGUGCAGGGACCCCAGCUCUGGCUGCAGUGCUCCAGGUGGGUCUCACAGAGCAGAGCAGAGGGGCAGAAUCCCCUCCCUGCCCUGCUGCCCACGGGGCUCUGGAUGCAGCCCAGGACACGUUUGGCUCUCUGGGCUGUGAGUGCCAUGGCUGGGGCAUGUCCAGCCUCUCACCCACAGCACCCCCAAGUCCUUCUGGGCAGGGCUGGGCUGGGGCUGUUCAUGCCCAGCCUGUGCUGAUACUGGGGGCUGCCUGUGCACUUAGUUAUGUUAAACCAUAUGAAAUUCCCAUGGGCGACUUCUCCAGCUUGUCCAGAUCCCUCUGGAUGCAUCUCAUCCUUCAGGUGUGUCAGUAGCACCACCCAGCUUGGUGUCAUCUGCUAAUUUGCUGAGGGUGCACUCGAUUCCUUCAUCUAUGUCAUUAAUGGAGAUAUUAAAUAACACUGGUCACAAUAUGAACCUCUAAGGGACAGCUACUGGUGCGUAUUUUCCCUGGUCCAGCAGGAACACAGUUAGGCCAGCUUUGAGCACCACUUCUUCCCAGGAUUAAUCUUAUGUAAGAGCCUGAUCCUGUAUCCAUUGGACAGGAAAACAUCUGUGUUUAGCAUGGAUUGAGCAUAAGGUAAGUGUGUUGUGCGUGCUAAUGAUGUGCAGUAAGUAUUUUAUCCCAUGGUGGAAACCUGAUUUCUGCAAGACUGAAACUGCACUUAAAAAUAGGUGCAGUCUAAGCUUCUCUUUAAGGCAGCUAUGAACAGAACACUUUUCCACUGAUUACAAAAAAUCAGCGCCAGUUUCAUCAGUGAAAAGUUCCUGUACUAAAGAGUGUACUAGUUCAAUUCUAGCUAAUAGCAGUACUCUGUAGUCCUUAAAUUGUCUGUGGGAUAUAAUACUGCAUAACACAAGAUUGAAAAUCUACUCAGUGGCACUGUUCCAGCAACAAAAUCACUGAUCAUCCUAGUUUUAAAGAAACAUAUAUAAAAAAUAAAUGGAAAACUCAGUAAUUUAUAAAAUGAGAGCAUUGCAACUGUGUGAUACCUAACUGAAUAAAAUACAGGCAGUCUUAUCUCAUGGACAUAUCAAUACAUGGGUACACAACUUUGGAAAAUAAAACAUCUCAUCUGCACAAAACAAUAGAUGCCAUAAAAUCUUACAAGGAAAUGCUCUUUGAAAUAUUGCAGGGAUUUAUGGGAUAGAGUUAAUGGAAAAUUUCUGUUGAUAUUAUCAGAACUUCUGGUUGAGUGAGAAGAGAAAAUUGCACCAUAUAGUCCAUUGCUAUUUUCUGUCAGAUGAUGAUGACUACUAUCUCCCAUCAGAGUUUAGACAUUCAGAAAUGGUCAUAUUGAACAGCUGGGUAACUAUUGAACACAUAGGCAUCAUGGGGGGUUUGUGGCUUUAGUUUAGGGAGUGGAAUAAACAGAACACUUCCAGCUAAUUUGUACUGAGAGGGUGCCUUGGAAAAAGUGUAUGCACAUGUGAGUGUAGAGUAAAGAAUAAUUUAAGUGUAUGUAGUGUAAUGACACAUUUAACUGUAUGUGUAUAACACAGAUGUUCUUGUAGACUUGCAUAAUGAUCUUUGGGGUUCUGGACAGGACUACUAUAAAUUUGGUUGAAAAAAACCCAUGCAGCUGUUAUGAAGUCAUUAUGGCUCUUUCAGCAGCAUUCUCCUCUGUAUAGGUUAGGACUGUAUGAGUCAUCCUAAAUUAAAUCUGUGAUCUAAGCUAGUUAGGUUUUUUAUGGCAUUUGAAAUUCAUCCACACUGCACAACAAAUUUACCUAGAGUCACAAGUUAUGGUUUUGUGGGACAAGGGGUAUGACUUUAAUGCUUUACCCACAACUAAGCAAGUUAUGGAUUCGCUUGAUAGAUUUUGUUUCUGAUUUCCACAGGCUCUCCAAGUAAAAUUUAUGUAACAGGCAUAUAAAAUUAAACAUGAAAAUAAAUUAUUGAAUCCACACCUAUGUGAGUGUCCUACAUAAAUAUGUGAAAAUGUUUGCAUAUUUAUUGGCAGUAUGGUGUGAAACACUCUUUUUUCCAUUUAGCUGGAGUUGGUUGUUUCCAGACUCCUCUAGUGAUUCUUCAGCUGCUUAAAUAUAGUCAGAAGAGUUAUUCUAUCCUUCCAAUACAGUAAAGUGAUCCAAAUCCUUGGGUGGAGUGAAAAUUAGGCUUUUUUUUUUUGCUUUUUUUUUUUUUUUUUUUUUUCCCCUUGGAUUCUGGCUGAAAUUCUGUUGCAUCUGAGAGCAUCAACACCAGAUUUCUGCUGGUGCCCCUGCUCAAACACACCCCAGACACACUAGGCUUUUCGCUUACUCAGAGGUGUACUCAAGGCAAGUGCUUUGCUGUAUUUUAAAAAGUGUAUGUGUGUGUGCCUGUAUAUAUGAAUAAGUAUAGAGCUAUCUAGAGUUUGUUAGCAUUGUUAUGAAAUGUUUGCUUAGUGUCAACUUUAUUCUAAUUCUUGUUUGG